AUGCACAAGUACCGGCUGGUCGCCAAGAAGGGGGAGGGAACGUUCUCGGAAGUGCUCAAGGCGCAAUGCAUCAAGAACGGGCGGUACUGCGCGAUCAAGUGCAUGAAGAACCACUUCGACUCGUUGGAGCAGGUCAACAGCCUCCGCGAGAUCCAGGCGCUGCGGCGCCUGUCGCCGCACCCCAACAUCAUCAAGCUCCUCGAAGUGCUCUACGACCAGCCGACGGGGCGCCUCGCGCUCGUCUUCGAGCUCAUGGACAUGAACAUCUACGAGCUCAUCCGCGGGCGCCGGCACUACGUCGCGGAGGACCGCGUGCGGCGCUACAUGUACCAACUGCUGAAAGCCAUGGACCACAUGCACCGCAACGGCAUCUUCCACCGCGACAUCAAGCCGGAGAACAUCCUCAUCAUGGACGACCAGCUCAAGCUCGCCGACUUCGGCUCCUGCCGCGGCAUCCACUCCCGGCAGCCCUAUACCGAGUACAUCUCGACGCGCUGGUACCGCGCGCCCGAGUGCCUCCUCACCGACGGGUACUACUCGUACAAGAUGGACAUGUGGGGCGUCGGCUGCGUCUUCUUCGAGAUCGUCUCCCUCUUCCCGCUCUUCCCGGGCCAGAACGAGCUGGAUCAGAUCAACCGCAUUCACCGCAUCAUGGGGACGCCCUCCCAGGACCUCCUCGCGCGCAUGCGCAAGCUCUCGACGCACAUGGACGUGCACUUCGCGCCGGAGGAGGGCUCCGGCAUAGAGCGGCUCAUCCCGCACGCGUCCCCGGAGUGCGUGGACCUUAUGCAUAGGCUCCUGGCGUACAACCCCGACGACCGCAUCUCCGCGCGGCAGGCGCUCCGGCACCCGUACUUCCGCGAGCUGCGCGAGGCGGAGAAGCGCACGCGCUCGCUGCUGACGCCCGAGCUGUCGCACGGGACGCUGGGGAUGCCUCCGGCGACGGGCGACAGCGCGCGCAGCGGCGGCGCGGGGCUGCUGAACAGCACGCGCCGGUCGGACGCGACGGGCGGGCGGCUGUCGAAGGAGGGCAGCCUCGGCGCGCUGCCGUCGAUCACGGGGAAGGGCACGUCGCGGACGAGCGAUCACGCGCUGCCCAACGCCGGCGGCGGCGGCGGGAAGCCGUGGCACCAGGAGAGCGACGAGGACACGCACCCGAUCGGCGGCGGAGGCGGAGCCGGCGGCGGCGGCGGCGGCGGCGGCAGCAAUUUGCCCCCCAUCUCAGGCUCGGGGGCCCUGGGGGGCAGCCACGUGAGCAAGGCGCGUCACGGCGGCAAGCACGCGACGCACGGCGCGCACGGCGGCGGGUUCGGGUACCAGCGGUCCGGCGCGUACGGGAAGCAGCGGCACGCGAAGCCCAGCGGGUCCAAGGUAAAGGGGGUGGCAAGCAGCGAGGACCCGGACGACACGCCGAGCGCGCUGCGCGGGAGCCACCGCGGCGUGGCGCGCGGCGGGCACAGCACGAAGAAGUACGGGGGCGCGCACGGGUCGAUCAAGUACGGCACGGGCGGCCUGGGGAAGCACGCGGCGCAACACAGUUCUUCGAACCUGCACAACUAG